AUGAAGUACAUUCAUUCCGAAGAGACCUUGAACAUUCCUCAAGGUGUCAAGGUCCUGAUCAAAUCUCGCCUGGUGACCGUUGAAGGCCCUAGAGGCAAACUAACGAAAAACCUCAACCACCUCGCCGUAAACUUCUCUAGCCCCAAAAAAGAUAUCAUUAAGAUUGAAUUACACCACGGAGCGCGGAAGAAUGUUGCGACCCUACGUACCGUCCGAACAUUGAUAAACAACUUAAUCAUCGGCGUCACUAAGGGAUUUAAAUAUAAGAUGAAAUACGUGUAUGCACAUUUCCCAAUAAAUGUCAACAUAGAUAAGAAUAACGAGACGGGAUUGUAUGAAGUUGAGAUACGCAACUUUAUUGGAGAGAAGAUUGUUCGAAGAGUCGUAAUGCACCCUGGUGUCGAAGUAGUUACUUCCACAAACCAAAAAGAUGAGCUGCAAAUCACUGGAAAUUCCUUGGAGAACGUAUCCCAAAGUGCUGCCGAUAUCCAGCAGGUCUGUAGAGUAAGGAACAAAGAUAUUCGAAAGUUUUUGGACGGUCUAUAUGUCUCAGAGAAGGGAAACAUUGAGGAAGCAGCAUAA